AUGCAUCUGGCAGGGAAUUCUCAAGAUGUGGUUGUGCCACCGGUUGAAGGUGUUGCUGGAGGCGGUACAGCUUAUGGGUGGAAUGAUGGCGGUACACAUGGUUUGAAUGUCAAGGGACCAGUUGACCCCACAGAAAUUUCAACUAGGGAUUUAGUGCAUGUAUGGUGCAUGCCAAACACAGCAAAUGUUGGACCUCAAGAUAUGCCCAGACAUUUGGAGCCUAUAAACCUGCUGGCAGCUAGAAAUGAGAGGGAGAGUGUGCAAAUAGCUAUCCGACCAAAGGUUUCAUGGGGUGGUUCUAGUGCUGCAGGGACCGUGCAGAUUCAGUGCAAUGACCUAUGUUCCAUAUCCGGAGACAGACUGAUUGUUGGACAGUCUCUGCUGUUGCGGCGCGUGGUGCCCAUUCUAGGUGUACCUGAUGCUCUUGUUCCUGUUCAGCUUCCAGUCAGUCAAAUAAACCUAUUUCCUGGGGAGACUACUGCUCUUUGGAUAUCUAUUGAUGUUCCAAGUUCUCAACCACCAGGACAAUAUGAAGGAGAGAUUCUCAUUACUGCCAUAAAAGCAGAUGCAGAAUCUCAUUUGCUAAGUCUAAGCAAGGUUGAGAAACAUCAAUUGUAUAGGGACCUAAAGGGAUGUCUUGAUGUUGUUGAGCCAAUUGAUGGAAAACCAUUAGAUGAAGUGGUUGAGAGGGUGAAAUCUGCGACUACAUCUUUAAGAAGGAUUCUUCUGUCUCCAUCAUUUUCUGAAUUCAUUUCAGAUAAUGGACCAGUAGACAUAAUGGAUGAGGAUGCCAUCUCAAGUCUCUCUCUAAGGGUGAAGUUAAAUCUGACCGUUUGGGAAUUUGUACUUCCUGAAACUCCUUCACUCCCUGCCAUAUCUGAUACUGUAAUUGAGGAUCGCUUUGGCGUUCAACAAGGGACAGCUGAGUGGUAUGAGGCAUUGGAUCAACAUUUCAAAUGGCUUCUUCAAUAUAGAAUCAGCCCAUAUUUUUGUAAGUGGGCUGAUGGUAUGCGUGUUUUGACAUACACAUCUCCAUGGCCAGCGGAACAUCCGAAGUCAGAUGAAUAUUUUUCUGAUCCACGGUUGGCAGCAUAUGCUGUACCAUAUAAACAAGUAAUCUCCGGUAUUGAUGCGGGGAAGGAUUACUUGCAGAAACAAGUUGAGAUAUUGAGAACCAAGACUCACUGGAGAAAAGCUUACUUUUACUUGUGGGAUGAGCCACUGAACUUGGAACAAUAUGAUUCCGUCCGCAAUAUGGCCAGUGAGAUUCAUGCUUAUGCUCCAGAUGCUCGUAUCUUAACUACGUACUAUUGUGGACCAAACGAUGCUCCUCUUGCACCUACUCCAUUUGAUGCUUUUGUUAAAGUUCCGAGUUUUUUGCGUCCACAUAAUCAAAUUUAUUGUACAAGUGAAUGGGUUCUGGGCAAUCGGGAGGAUCUGGUUAAGGAUAUUAUUGCUGAAUUACAACCAGAGAAUGGUGAGGAGGCCCAGCUCUAUGUUCCUCAUGGUCUUUUUCCCUGUCGUGUCUUCCAUGAUCUGGGUUUUGAAAACAGCACUAGCAUCAACGAAUGGUGGACAUAUGUCUGUAUGGGACCGUCAGAUCCUCAUCCAAAUUGGCAUCUAGGAAUGCGAGGCACACAACACCGAGCCGUCAUGUGGCGUGUGUGGAAAGAGGGUGGCACAGGAUUUUUGUACUGGGGGGCCAACUGCUAUGAGAAGGCAACCGUAGCCAGCGCAGAGAUAAAGUUCAGGCAUGGUCUUCCCCCUGGAGAUGGAGUUCUAUACUAUCCUGGUGAGGUGUUCUCAACUUCUCAUCAGCCAGUGGCUUCUCUUAGACUAGAGCGCAUACUUAAUGGCUUGCAGGACAUCGAGUACCUCAGACUGUAUGCUUCAAGAUACGGUAGGGAUGAAAGUAUUGCACUUUUGGAGAGGACAGGAGUUUACUUUGGUCCUGAGCGUUACACAUUUGAGCACAUGCCAAUUGAUGCAAUGAGGGGGCAAAUAUUUAAUGCCUGCCGUUCAUGA